UCCGCCGUCGCUGUAGAAAAAAGAGAGAGCUGCCGAUCCCCUUUUCAGAAGGAUGGCUUCGUCGUUGUUCCUCAGGUCCGCCGCAGGCCGCGUUCUUCGGCGAUCGAUCCCGCAGGGCUCCUUCCCUCGGAACCCUGUCCGGUUCUUCUACGAUGGUGUUGGGAGGAUCGAAUCCAAGGGCCCCAAGACCAGCCUCGACGUGUCAUUAGAACAGUUAAGAGAAAAAAUAAGUGAGGUGCAGAAAGAAACCCGCAGCUUGGUAGAACACGAAGAACUUUUGGAGAAACGGGAGCAACGGCAAAGAGUAUUAUCGUAUUUCUUAGUUCCCACUGCCGCCGCUGCCUGGAUAUUUGGUCCAGACAAGAAGAAGGAAAGCAACGAAGCUAAUCAUCCAUGUUGUGUUUGUGCUAGUACUUCUGUGCAGAGCUGAACUUGAUUUGUGGUGUAAGGGUGCAAAUUGAUCAACCAUCAACUUCUCCAUGCAACAACAGACAGGGACGAAGCUGGAAAUUUUAUCUGAUGGUGUCUGCUCUA